AUGUGGCGCUUCUGGUCUCGCGAUGCUGUUGAGAAGGAGACUUCCGGCGAGAAAAGUGGAGCUUCGCUUGACCCUGAGUACAUGGUCAAAUGGGAUGUCAAUGAUCCGUUGAAUCCUCAAAAUUGGCCUGUUUCGUUCAAGUGGUGGGUGACGUUUCAAUUGGGUAUGCUUGCUUUGGCUGGGAGUCUUGGUUCAAGUAUCAUCACGCCUGCCGAAAAUAUUAUCGCCAAGUAUGUUGGUGUGAGCAGUGAGGUCGGAGUGUUGGACGUCUCUUUAUACCUCGUUGGCUUCAUCUUUGGCCCUAUUAUCUGGGCGCCCGUUUCCGAGAUCUGGGGUCGCAGAGUGAGCAUACUCCCACCGGUCUUCUGCCAGGCCAUAUUCGCCAUAGGCACAGCACGAAGCACAAAUGCCGCUUCUUUGUAUAGUACCCGCUUUUUCACUGGGUUCUUUGGUUCUGCUCCUAUCAGUAAUGUCAUCGCCGCACUCGGCGACAUCUGGAGCAGAGAGACAAGAGGCGUCGCUGUCAGCUUGUACGCAGUUGCUGUGAACGGUGGCCCAGCAAUAGGUCCCGUCAUUGGGGCCGCGAUUAUUCUGAACCCUCGUCUUGACUGGCGUUGGUGCAGUUAUAUCUUGGCCAUUUGGGUAUUUGUCACGUUCAUCAUGGCCUACUUCUUUCUACCGGAGAUGUAUCCACCGGUACUUUUAAAAAGAAAGGCACAAUCUCUUCGAAAAGAGAGAAAUGAUUCACGUUACUUUCAUCCACAUGAGCAUAUUCAAUUGGACGUCCACUCUAUUGUGACAAAACAGCUCUCUCGGCCGAUGAAGAUGCUUUUCACAGAGCCUAUCGUGUCUUGCAUUGCGAUAUAUGCUUCGUUUGUCUACGGCGUAAUGUAUCUUACGCUGGAAGUGUUUCCUAUCGUUUUCCAGCAAAUCCGAGGAUGGAAUCCUCUUAUCGGGUCUCUGCCCUUCCUGGCACUCUUAAUUGGUGUUAUAUCAUCCGUUGGUCUUAACAUCUGGAAUCAAUACCGCUAUAACCGGAUCGCUGAAGCCGCCAACGGACAGGCUGUCCCGGAAGCUCGAUUACCACCCAUGGCCAUUGGCGCAAUCUUCUUCGUUAUUGGUGCAUUUUGGUUUGCUUGGACAGCAGAACCUCCCCAUCACUGGAUCUUGCCUUGUCUUGCAGCAUUGUUUAUCGGCAUUGGUUUCAAUUGCAUUUUCCAGCAGUGUUUAAACUUCCUUGUUGACGUUUACGGAAUUUACGCUGCUAGUUCUACGGCCGCGGUGACUUUUCUCCGAAGCAUUAUGGCGGCCGGUCUUCCUUUGGCGGCUAAGCCUAUGAUUGGUGCUCUGGGCGUUGGCCCGGGUGUUUCGAUCAUUGGCGCUGUCGCUGCUGUCUUGCUGCCCAUUCCGUUCUUGUUCAUGAAAUAUGGACCGCGGAUACGGAGGUUGUCGAAGCUUGUGCCCGAAAAAGCCAACGGGUAA